AUGACCAACCUACUACGUCAAGAUAUCCUCGCCAAGGCCCCAAUCCCUCAAGAUGAAAGCCCUCUAUAUGCCAAACUCCCUGGAGAAGUCAGAGACAGCAUCUUCUCUUAUGUCCUCACGGAUCAUCCGGACCCAACACCGGACAAAAAGUUCAAGGAAAACACAUGCUACACUCGCCCUUCUUAUCUAGCAGCUCAAUCAACCGAUACCAGACUUCUUCGUACAUGUCGCGCUAUCUAUCGCGAAACUUGGUUCAAACCAUUCCUUUUACGUGAGCACACAGAAUGGGCUACAGGUGAAGAUCGCGCUCCUCCGCCUCACAAAGCUCCUCCACGCUUGCGCCCCAUGCUCGCAAAGAUCUCCAAAUCUCUAGGAACAGACAAGGUUGAAAUCGAGAGACUCAGAGUCUUUGCUCAGAUGUACAGGCUCCAAGAAAACGGCCUGCAAGAAGUCCUACGUACGCCCCAUCUGGCUCCCCGCACCAUUACGCUCACCAUUCGUCACACUGAUUGGUGGUAUUGGGAGGAGGACGAGCCCCUGCACUUUGAUGGAAACUGGAUCGAGGGUGUUUGUCAAGUGCUGACUCCCAGCACGACUCAAUUCUGCAUCGAGUUAGAGUCCCUCGAGCGUAAGAAGGAUCAGGUCGACAAGAUUGCCAAGCAGAUGGUCGACUCAUGGUUCUUCAAACGACCUGAUGGUGUUGUUCUCUACGCAGACACAUCACAUUCCAACCGCAAAGUCAGUCGCUGGAGCGGUUCAAGCACUUGGCACGGUCAACGCUGGAUCCGAGAUGAAACGGAACCCCACAAACUCGACUACUACGUCGUCUCCAUCACGUUCCGCCCUCUGAUCUCAAUCGAGAGAAGCGGUGGAUCUGCGAGUGAGAAAGCAAUCAAGGAAGCACAAGAUCCCCAAGCCCCGGAGCGUCCCAAGCUCUCACUUCCAGACAAUGAAAAGAGAAUAGAAACCGAGAACCCUUGUGAGUGGGUUAGUGAUUCAGAUGACGAUGAUGGUUACAAUGGAUUGCCGCAGCCAGAGUCGGACAACGAUGAGUGGUAUGCGGAAAUGGAGGAGAUCUACGGCAAUGGUCGAUUCAUGCAAGGGCUGUAUGUCGGCCGUUUAGAGUAG